AUCCAAGUCUUCAAAACCAUCCUCUGUAGGACAAAAUGGCACAACAGAUCACCCCGCGAAAGCAACAGGAGCUUCAACUCCAAUACACAAACUACAAGAACGGGCUGCAGCAAAUCGCCCAAAAGAUUGGUGAUGUCGAGCAGGAGGCUGAAGAACACAAACUCGUGCUAGAGACCCUCGAGCCGCUCUCGGCAGACAGAAAGUGCUUCCGGAUGAUAAAUGGGGUCCUGGUUGAGAGGACGGUGAAGGACGUUAUUCCUGCUCUGAAGACAAACUCGGAAGGUCUGAAGAAGGUUCUCGAGGAUCUGGUCAAGCAGUAUAACGCUAAGCAGACCGAGAUGGAGAAGUGGAAGAAGAAGAACAACAUCCAGGUUGUCCAGCAAUAAGGGAUUUCCCCCAGAUGGAAUGUGAGAGGGGAGGAGGGAAGACUGGCAAAAGGUCAUAAGGCAGUCCAAUCAUUGCAAAGACUGGAAGAACCAUGCAUUCACGACUCGGAGAGAGAGAAAAGGUGACACCGCAGAGAGCAUUCAUACCCAAAUCCCGAAAUUAAUUCAAGGCG